AUGAAACAAAUAGUUUCUAAAAUUAAAAAUUCAAGAGCAAAUUCCCGUUUAUUGGCCAAAUUUCAAACUAACAACAAGGGGUUUGUGAAAAGAUUGUUAAAUGAUAUUGAAACUAGAUGGUUUAGUAAGUUGGGGAUGCUUUGUAGUGUACGAGACAACGUCGAAGAAAUCAACGAAGUGAUGAAGGAGAACGCAAAUAAAAUAACGGACGACGUUCAAAGAAGACUCUUCAUAACAAAAUUCAUCGUCACUGACUACGACAAAAACCUUCUAACGUUCGUCAUCAAUAUAGUCACUACUUUAAAGUCCACAAGCGAUUUACUGUCUUCCGAAAAGAUGCCAACCAUGUCGAUUUUAUGUGGAGAGAUUCUACAUUUGGAAGACCGUCUUUCUUGCCAGAAAACUGAAUCAAUUGGAAGGAUUGAAACUGUAAUGGAAACACGUGUAAUUGUAAGUACAACACAGGGGACCAAGUGUAGUGAAGAAUGUGUGGUUGAAGAUGUUUCAUCGGAGAAUUCAACCAUCACAGAAACACAUGUGAGAGUUGAACUGCAUAAAAGGAAAAGUGAAUUUAUUGAAUCACUCCAAUUUGGAGUAAAAAAUUACUUUUAUGAAGGUAACUACAACAUUUUGGGGUCAAAAGAAGUGAUGAUGGCAUGUUAUUUCAAUCCAAUGACAAAGUUGAUGAUAUACCCAAAUUAUAAAGAACUCAUCGACAAUGUCCAUGCAUCAAUUGAAGAAACCGCAGAGAGAAUAAAGACGGAAGAAGAUAACUAUCAUAAUGAAUGUACAAAUUUUACAUCAAUUGAAGACACAAGCAACACUGAAGCCACAACAGUUCAGUCUUUUGAGGAAAGAUAUACAAAAUUUCUUGUUCGUAAGUCCAUCCAGAAAACGGCAUUAAGCAUCCAAAUGACGGAAUAUGAAUCUCAACCAGUCUUGGAUGAGAAUUCCAAUAUAACGCUCACUCAAUAUUGGAGAAGUAAGAUGGUAAUGUGGCCGGACUUGGCAAAGGCUGCACUACGAUAUACGACCCUUCUUUGCGUCAGCACUCCAUCAGAAAGGUUAUUCUCAAAGAGUGGGUGCUAUUAUUGA